CUGGAUGAGACAACUAACGAUACGUAAAUUACUAAAACUUUCGAAAGAGGUGCAGACCAGGCUCUGGAUUUUCGCCAUUUCCCAUUUAUUACAGCCUGAAUUUUCUACAUUUUUUGUUUUCAUCUAAAUUGUUCGAAAGUUUCUCAGCAAGGAUCCGCCGAUUUUGCUCUUUAACGUAGUCAACAAGCUUGGGUUUUUUUUUUUUUUUUUUGGCGCAAUUUGUAUGUAAUCAUUUCUUUUUGUUAGCUACAGUGAGUGAGUUUCACUUCUUUCAUCACUCUUUGUAUGCUCUUUCCGUGCAAGAUUUUUCAGAUGGGUAAUCUUGAAAACCGCCAUUAAACCUCAAAAUGAAGCUUCUCUCUUUCUUGGUUUUUUUGGGUCUGAUGUAGUAGAAGCAUGAUGCGGCGCCAACACAGAUCUGCCAUGGAACCCCAUCACCAAAACCUUGUCUUUCCACUCCUUCUCUCGCUCCUGGCGGUGGUUUUUAGUGCUACUGACCCCAAUGACGUUAAAAUUCUCAACCUGUUCAAGCAAGGGUUGAAGAACGCAGAGCUCCUCAAGUGGCCGGAGAACGACGCCGACCCAUGUGGGUCUAAUUGGCCGCAUGUUUAUUGCAAGGGUAACAGGGUUGGCCAGAUUCAGGUCCAAAAUAUGGGAUUGAUCGGCACUCUGCCGCAGAACCUCAACCAGCUCUCCAUGCUCACUGACCUUGGCCUCCAAAAGAACAAGUUCACCGGAACCUUACCGUCUUUCAGCGGCUUAUCCAAUCUGCAAAAUGCGUACUUGGACUUCAACGGAUUUGAUACCAUCCCGGGAGAUUUCUUUGAUGGGCUUGACAGUCUGGAGGUCUUGGCAUUGGAUUACAUCAAUUUUAAUGCCAGCACUAGAGGGUGGAUGUUCCCUACUCAGUUGCAGAACUCCGCCCAGUUGAGAAAUCUCUCUUGCAUGAGUUGCAAUUUGGUGGGUCCGUUGCCAAGUUUUCUAGGGAAGUUUUCUUCUCUGGAAAACUUGAAACUUUCUGGGAACAGUUUGACCGGCGAGAUUCCGAACAGUUUUGGCGGUUUGCUUUUGCAGAGUCUUUGGUUGAAUAACCAGCUAGGAGGAGGGUUGACGGGUCCAAUCGACGUGGUGACGGCGAUGUCACCGCUUACUAGUCUCUGGCUCCACGGCAACCAGUUCACAGGGAAGAUUCCGGACAGCAUUGGGAAUUUGACUCAUCUCAAGGAUCUCAAUCUGAACGGUAACCAACUUGUUGGCUUAAUUCCUAAUAGCUUAGUUGAUUUGCCUUUGGAUAAGUUAGAUUUGAACAAUAACAGGCUGAUGGGUCCGAUACCGGAAUUCAAAGCCAAUACCGCGUCUUUUAAUUCCAAUGCAUUUUGUCAAACAACUCCGGGGGCUCUUUGUUCCCCUCAGGUUAUGGCACUUAUAGAGUUCCUUGAUGGGGUGAAUUACCCUUCAAAUCUUGUUUCUGCAUGGUCUGGUAAUGAGCCUUGUGGCCCUCCUGGAUGGCUGGGGCUGAGUUGUGGUACCGGCACAGAGGUUAAUAUCAUAAACUUGCCUAAUUUUAAUCUCAAUGGUUCCUUGAGUCCUGCAGUUGCAAAUUUAGGUUCUCUUACUCAAAUUAGGCUUCAGAAUAAUAAUUUGAAUGGUCCUGUUCCCCAAAACUGGACUACCUUGAAAGAUUUGACGAUGUUGAACCUAAGUGGGAACAAUAUUUCCCCUCCAUUGCCAAAAUUCAGCAGCACUGUGAACCUUGUCAUUGAUAGCAACCCUCUAUUGAAUGGGAAUCAGCCUGAGGGAACCCCCCCGGCAACGGGAAACAGUCCACAAGGAAACAACCCCCCGUCUGCCGGUUCGCCCAAAAACCCCUCUUCCCCAGGAACAGGCUCGAGUUCUAAUGGCACUGAUGCUUCUGGUAAAAGUUCUCAGAAGUCAAACUUGGUUUUGGUUGUGGCCCCUGUUGCAAGUUUUGCAGUUGUUGCUUUACUGGUCAUACCUCUAUCUGUCUACUAUUGUAAGAAGAGAAAAGACACCUCCGAGGCUCCUAGUUCAGUUGUAAUUCAUCCAAGAGAUCCAUCUGAUUCGGAUAACACGGUCAAGAUUGUUGUUGCCAAUAAUACCAAUGGGAGCACUUCUACAAUGACAGGGAGUGGCUCUGGAAGCAGACACAGCAGUGGAAUGGGUGAGUCACAUGUCAUUGAUGCUGGAAAUCUGAUCAUAUCAGUUCAAGUUCUUCGAAAUGUGACAAAAAAUUUUGCCCCCGAGAAUGAACUUGGCCGUGGUGGCUUUGGGGUAGUUUAUAAGGGAGAAUUGGAUGAUGGUACAAAAAUAGCAGUGAAAAGAAUGGAGGCUGGUGUCAUUACUAGCAAAGCCUUGGAUGAAUUCCAGUCUGAAAUUGCGGUACUCUCAAAGGUCCGGCACCGUCAUUUGGUAUCUCUUUUGGGUUAUUCUAUUGAAGACAAUGAGAGAAUUCUUGUAUAUGAGUAUAUGCCUCAAGGGGCUCUGAGCAGGCAUUUAUUCCACUGGAAGAGCUUUAAACUGGAGCCUCUCUCUUGGAAGAGGAGGCUAAAUAUUGCCUUGGAUGUUGCUAGGGGGAUGGAGUAUCUCCAUAGUCUGGCUCACCAGAGCUUCAUACACAGAGAUCUUAAAUCUUCAAAUAUCUUACUUGGGGAUGAUUUUAGAGCAAAAGUUUCUGAUUUUGGAUUGGUGAAGCUUGCUCCUGAUGGGGCGAAAUCCGUGGUGACCAGGCUUGCUGGGACUUUUGGAUACUUGGCACCAGAAUAUGCAGUGACAGGGAAAAUCACAACCAAAGUUGAUGUCUUCAGUUUUGGGGUUGUGUUAAUGGAGCUAUUGACUGGGUUGAUGGCACUUGAUGAGGACAGGCCUGAGGAGAGCCAGUACUUAGCCGCAUGGUUCUGGCGCAUAAAAUCAGAUAAGGAAAAACUGAUGGCAGCCAUUGACCCAGCCCUUGAUGUUAAAGAAGAAACAUUUGAAAGCAUCUCAACAAUUUCUGAACUAGCUGGGCACUGCACUGCGAGAGAGCCCAACCAACGGCCAGAUAUGGGCUAUGCCGUGAAUGUAUUGUCCCCACUUGUGGAGAAAUGGAAACCCUUCGAUGAUGACACCGAGGAAUAUUCUGGCAUUGAUUACAGCCUUCCCCUAAACCAGAUGGUGAAGGGCUGGCAGGAAGGAAAGGACUUGAGCUAUAUGGCUUUAGAAGAUAGUAAGGAUAGUAUCCCAGCAAGGCCAGUCGGAUUUGCAGAGUCUUUCACUUCUGCUGAUGGUCGGUAAAAAGAGGUCCUUCGUUUCUUUUCUUAAAACGUGUUCUUUUGAUAGGUGUAGAUAAGCAUGUUGUGUUCUUUCUGUUUGGAAAUUCAGUGUCAAUAUGUUUUAGUGCAUUGUUGGAUUAUGGUGGAUAAAGUAGGAGAUUUCAGAUGCUUGAAAUCUCAUGUGUCGGCUUUGAAAUUUUCAACUCUGAGAUUUUACGUGCCAAUCAUGCUGAUGUAGAUAGAGAAUGAUGAUUGAGAAAUGUUUUGUCAAUUGUAUCCUGAUUUCUACUUCUCA